AUUCAGAGUGCAGGCGCAGGCGCGGCGGCGAGUAUGGGCGCGCGUGUCUUGGCGUCUUUCGAUUCACAGCGCGAAGCUGCUAAAACCGUUCGCUCCACACGUCGUAGUUGCGAACAGACGCUAGAUCAAGCACUGUGAAAGGUACGGGCGGAUUGAGGCAAUAACUACCCGCGCGACGCGCGCGCAACCGCGCCCGGCGCGCACGGCCACUGUGAACGCAACGAGCAUCUACGUACAUUACAUUUACACGCACCCGCACCCGCACUCGCGCGCGCAUGCCUCUCUUAAUAAGGUCUUAAUUUCUUAGUUUAAUACCAUUUUUUACUAUACAAUUUAUGCCUCAUAAAAACUUGCACGCUUUUUCGUUUACGACCCUUGUAAGCUUUCGCAAAAUCGUCUUCGCAUUAUCGCCAAUCGCGUAAUCGGCAUUCGCACUCACGUAGGACACCCUACGUAAAGUGUAAGUAAACAUUUCAACGGCGAUAAAAGUUCAAAUAGUUACUUCUUCUUUUGAAUAUGUCUACGGAAGCGUCGCCGUCUCCAGACACUCGUGUUGGCAGUGGUACGCCAACAACAAUUGAAGAGUUUUCAUACAUCGUGGUGUUUCUUUACUACUAUUCUGAACGAGAAACCUACGUUCAACGGUGUGUUGGAUCCCUAAUAUCGUCAUGGCACGUGUUGACUACAGCAUAUUGUUUCACUGACGCAAAUCUAAACCUAAUGCUGAUUCGGGCAGGUUCCACGGACAGCUUAAGCCACGGUUCUUUGUCCACGCUUGGGAAUGUUGUCCUACACCCCAAUUACGUAGAAGCACCAAGAACUGCCGAUAUUGCUGUGACGAAUCUUAGUUUCCCUAUGUCAUUAAGUUCAACGAUUGGAAUUGUGCAUUUGCCUCAUCAAGGAACAUAUAUUCCCGAUGGAUCGCUAACGACAGUUGUCAGCUGGGGAUUGGAAUUAGAAAUUGGACCACAGCCAAAGAUAUUGAAGACAGUCCUUUUGUACAAGCUUCCCCUGGUUUCAUGCCGAAACAUCUACGAGGGUAGUACGAGUGUAGAAAUUGGAGAUCCUGUAAUUUGCGUAGUCCGAACGGGCAUACCGGACAUGUGCGUGAUUGACUCUGGAGCCCCCAUGACGAUAAAUAAGGUGCUGGUCGGUGUCGCUUCUUACACCCUGGGCUGCGGCAAUACCACGUCGCCCGAUGUGUUUACUAGGAUUGAUAAUGUGACAGCGUGUCUCGUUGUUCCAAAGUUUUGCGCUGUGGACUCUGGGUAAGGUUUACUGAUUGGAUUGUUUCUGUAGCUGUUCCACCCCUGACAAAGUGAAUGGCAAUCGACGCCCGAAGUAUAAAGCCGGAUUUACAUCUGUAAUCAUCAACUCGUAACGAGCAGCUCGUAUCUACUAUUUUGUUGGUAUAAUACAGCCGCAUAAGAUUAUGCGUCAAAAGUGCUUUUAUCUUAAAAAUAAUACGAACUACAUGAACCAAAUUAUGUACCUAUAUGUGAAAUAUUAUAUAUAAAUUAAAUAAAUAAAUACAAAUAAACACAUUCGCACAUUGUACAUUACGUAUACCCCAUAGUUACUAUACACCUAUUCAAUAACACUCGCACCUAAUAAACACUCAUUCACA